GGACUCUGUAAGGACAUGAAUACCAUCAGAUGGAGAUCAUUGGGGAUCAUCCUGGAGGCUGGCUGCCACAAGGCUCUGAUGAGAGGGGUCGGCAAGUCCAAGGAGCGUAAAUAAGCACAGUGUGACUACAGUGGAAUUAUGAGCAGUGCAAGGGAAGAGCCGGCGUCCAAGGGGGAGCAGGAGAUCAAGUCGUAUUGGACUUAUAGGCCACAGUAGGGACUUCCAGUUGUUUGCUCAGUGAGAGGGAAAGCCAUUGGAAGGUAGCAGGAUAAUUUCCUGAAUUACUAAAUUCUGUUUGUUCUUCCAGCAUUUUCUCUUCCCCCUCAUUUUCAUCAGGUUUUGCCAUUCUCUGCCUCAGGGCUCAUGACUGGGCUGAAAGCAGGAAUAGCCUAAGGCCAAGGGAUCCUGUGGGGUUAGAAGAAACCUAACUCCUAGGGCUGAGGAGCUCUGAAGGGCUUCUGCUAGGUUUCCUUGAGGAGAAAGGGAGAGGCAUUUCUUUGAGAUGUCCUAAGGCGGGGAGAAAAUGUUCCCUGAGGCACUGAAACCUAUUUGCAACCCUGAGCUGUGGAUACCCUGGCCUUGCUCCCUUGCAGUGGCACUGGGAGAGCACAGGAAUGGUUUUGUGAGUACUUGGGUAGGAAGGAUUGACUCAGAAGAGCCACAGGACAUGAGUGUGGUUUGUGAGAUGGGUGAAGCAACAGUAACUAGUAUUUCGCUAUGUCAGCCCCAGGACCUUUGCACAACUUUCCUUGGAAGAUAAGUCCCGAAGGUCAUUGAAGUUGCAUUCUUACCAGGCUGGUAGACUAAAGGUUCAUAGUGACAAGUUGUGUUCCCAGAGAAACAGACAUCCAUUGGUAAUCUGAGAUUUGCAUGUAGGACGUUUAUGGUGGGGGAGAGGGGAGUGCUCUUAGUAUUAAUACCUAUGGUGGAGUGAAGAAGCAGAAGGAGAAGACGAAUCGUUGUCCAGUCCCAACAAAGGACUCAACUGAUAGCUUGUGGAGCUCUGGACCUAUAAAUUGUCCCGAUGGAAGCAAGGCUGUGGUCACAUGACACAAGAGCAAGUCAAGAUAUAUUCAAGGAACUACCUAGAAGUCCCUCUGCUCAGAAGGAACCAGGAUCCUGGCAAACCCUUAUCUAGAGGCUGGGGAUGCAGUGGUGAACAAGACACAAAAAGUUCCUGCACUCAUGGAGCUGAUAUUCUGAUGGAAGACAAACAAAUGCAUAAAUAUAUACUGUAUUUUCAGUUCAUGUAUGUUUUUACUCAGUACAACAAACCAUUCUUCAGCACCUUUGCAAAAACAUCUAUGUUUGUUCUGUACCUUUUGGGCUUUAUAAUUUGGAAGCCAUGGAGACAGCAGUGUACAAGAGGAUUUCGAAGAAAGCAUGCUGCUUUUUUUGCAGAUGCUGAAGGUUACUUUGCUGCUUGUACAACAGAUACAACUAUGAAUAGUUCUUUGAGUGAACCUCUUUAUGUUCCUGUGAAAUUUCAUGAUCUUCCGAGUGAAAAACCUGAGAACACAAACAUUGAUACUGAAAAAUCUCCCAAAAAGUCUCGUGUAAGGUUUAGUAAUAUCAUGGAGAUUCGACAGCUUCCAUCAAGCCAUGCAUUGGAAGCUAAGUUGUCUCGCAUGUCAUAUCCUACCGUGAAAGAACAAGAAUCCUUACUCAAAACUGUGGGAAAACUAACUGCAACUCAAGUAGCAAAAAUUAGCUUUUUUUUUUGCUUUGUGUGGUUUUUGGCAAAUUUGUCAUAUCAAGAAGCACUUUCAGACACAAAAGUUGCUAUAGUUAAUAUUUUGUCCUCAACUUCUGGACUUUUUACCUUAAUCCUUGCUGCAAUGUUUCCAAGUAACAGUGGAGAUAGAUUUACUCUUUCUAAACUAUUAGCUGUAAUUUUAAGCAUCGGAGGUGUUGUGCUGGUAAACCUGUCAGAGUCUGAAAAAUCUGCUGGAAGAGACCCAAUAGGUUCCAUUUGGUCUCUUGUUGGAGCCAUGCUCUAUGCUGUCUAUAUUGUUAUGAUCAAGAGAAAAGUAGACAGAGAAGAUAAAUUGGAUAUUCCAAUGUUCUUUGGUUUUGUAGGUCUCUUUAAUCUGCUGCUCUUAUGGCCAGGUUUCUUUUUACUUCAUUAUACUGGAUUUGAGGACUUUGAGUUUCCCAAUAAAGUAGUAUUAAUGUGCAUUAUCAUUAAUGGCCUUAUUGGAACAGUGCUCUCAGAGUUCCUGUGGUUGUGGGGCUGCUUUCUUACCUCAUCACUGAUAGGCACACUUGCACUAAGCCUUACAAUACCUCUGUCCAUAAUAGCUGACAUGUGUAUGCAAAAGGUGCAGUUUUCUUGGUUAUUUUUUGCAGGCGCUAUCCCUGUAUUUUUUUCAUUUUUUAUUGUAACUCUCCUGUGCCAUUAUAAUAAUUGGGAUCCUGUGAUGGUGGGAAUCAGAAGAAUUUUUGCCUUUAUAUGCAGAAAACAUCGAAUUCAGAGGGUUCCAGAAGACAGCGAACAGUGUGAGAGUCUCAUUCCUAUGCACGGUGUUUCUCAGGAGGAUGGAGCUAGUCAGCUGUAGUCCAGCUUGAUAAUGGAACAAUAUACGGUGAAGAGACAAUCUCUGGCAAGUUUUUGUAGAAAAAUGUUUCAGUGCCUAGUCUGAAAAAUAACAGUUUCAGUUCUUUGGAACUCUAAAACAUAUUUUCCUCUUGUCUGUUUUCUUCAUUUUCUUAAUGAAGUACUUUGCUAUGUAGCUGUGUACAUAUCACUACAGUUAUAGGAAGUUUCAGUCUACAGUCCAUCUAAAGGACCAACCUGCCUUACACAUCUCAAGGAAUUCAGCUGAUGAAAUAAUUUGGACUAAUCAAGGGAUAAAAUUUUAAUGUUCUGGAGACUUUAUUUUCACAUAUUAUUUGUUAAAUGCUGGACUAUAUUAUGAAAAUGUUUUCAAGAAAUCAUUUUAAGUAUAUAGAUUGGUGUUUCUUACAGGUAAAAUGCUAAAAUAAGCUGCCUAUAAUAGGUACGGGUUAUAUUUUUGAGUUUUGUAGAAUAUUACAAAUUAACAACACGAAAAAUGUUUAAUUUAUGCAGCAAAUAUAUUCACACAAAUUUGGUAGGACUUUAGAAAGAAUCGAUAUUUGAGAGAAGAUCUGGUUCACUUACACUACAUAUACUGUAUUAUCCUUUCAUAGCAUUAGGUGCCUUCUACUUUAAAUCUGUGACAAACCAUGACAAAUUUUUAAAGGAGAAGUAUUAUUGUAAAAUGAAGAAUCAUGUACUUCUAAAGACUGUAUUGCUGUAAGUUUAAUUGAUAAAGCUCUGCUUAUUUAGAGUUUUGAAGAAAUAUCCUCUCUUCAAUUAAACAUUUUCAUAAUGGAAUGAUGUAAAUUGAAGUGAUAAAGAGUAUUAUUAAAAUAAAAUGUUUAUAUAUAUGUGUGUGUAUUAUAGAUCUAUCAAUUGGUUUCUGGUUUUUUUCACAUAUAAAUGUGCCAAAUUAUCCUAGAACUGGAUGCCUCUUCUUUAAAUAAUUUUAGUUUUCCUAAAUAAAUUUUUAUGGUUAAAAACCAAAGAAGGAAGGCAAGAAGAAAUUCUACUUUAAAAAUUACAUUUGGAGAUUUCCUUUACCAAGUUUAAAUUAAAUAUAAAUACUCCUGAUUUUAACUUUUAAACUUAGGUCUUAUAUGUCCUUAUUGUGCAGCAGCUCCUGGACUCUACUCACUGUAGCCCUCAGAGGAUGAAUGUAUGUCUCAGGAUUCAUCCAGGCUUUUGAUUAAUCAGAACGUAUUUCCUUCUCAAGUUUUGUGAGAUUAGUUCCUUUCUCUUCAAAAUUUCUUAACACGUCUGUUUUUUAAAAAUUCCCUUUGCAAUGUUUAGCUUCAGUUCGUCUUAUUCACGUUCUUAAAAUUGCUUCGAUGUUACCGUAAGUCUAAAAUGAAGUUUAGCCAUCUUUCUGCUUGUCCUGAGAUU